UUUGCCAAACUACUUCCGGGUUACCAAUGCCAUCUUUCUGUUUGUUAUUGAAGCUGUUGUGAUUUUACUCAUCGCUUUCAUGUACGCUAAAAACUAUACUGACAAAUGUUUUCUUGUAGUUUGUACCGCCUGCGCACAGUCUUACCCCGCGUAGUUUACAACAACCUUAUAAGAGGACGACGGAGGACAAUAUCAAGUGUGACACUUGGAAAAGCACAACGCCAUGUUGGUACAUUGGAGACAAGGCGCUUCUUUCACGGCUUGUACGAAAACGAUUCUGUUCGAACUUAUGUCCGACAACUCAUGGACUAUCACAAAGCCCUUGACCAGAAGUUGCACCGCUCAAACGUGAACGAAGCUGACAGGAAAUUGAUGGUGAAGAAGUAUACUGAGCUGCUACCUUUGGCAAAUGUCUUUUACAAUGUUGAACAAGCGGUUAAAGAUCUUGAUGAAGUUCGGUCCAUUUUGCAUUCCCCGGUUGGGUCCAAAGAUGAAGAAGCAGAACAGUUUGCUCAGCUGCUGAAAGAAGAGGAAGCUCUCAUCGCAGACAGGAUUUCAGUCUUAAAGGAAGAGUUAAUCAAAGCUCUCUUGCCGACUGACCCUCUGGACUCUAGUAACGUUUUACUGGAAGUCGUUUCAGGGCGAACAACUGGAGGUGAUAUAUGUCAACAAUUCACCAGAGAAAUGUUUGACAUGUACCAGGGUUUUGCCGCUUACAAGAAGUGGGAUUUUGAGAUGUUGAAUUACACUCCGGCAGAAUACGGUGGUUUGCAUCACGCAGCCGCACAGAUAGCCGGGGAGAACGUGUACAGACAUCUGAAGCAUGAGGGGGGGACACAUCGGGUGCAGAGGAUUCCCGAGGUGGGCCUUUCCUCCCGGAUGCAGCGCAUCCACACGGGAACCAUGACUGUUAUCAUCCUGCCUCAACCUGUUGAGGUUGAUGUCAGCAUCGACCCGAACGAGCUGCGUGUGGACACCUUCAGAUCUCGAGGUGCCGGAGGUCAAAGUGUCAAUACGACCGAUAGCGCGGUGCGCAUCGUUCACCUUCCUUCGGGUAUCACAGCAGAGUGUCAGCAGACCCGCUCUCAACUGAAGAACAGAGAAACUGCCAUGCGUGUGCUGAAGGCCCGCCUCUACCAGAGCUUGAUGAGUAAAGAGACCGAGCAGAAAGAUUUUGCACGGAAGCAGCAGGUGGGAACACGCUCGCAGUCCGAGAGGAUCCGGACCUACAACUUCAGCCAGGAUCGUGUCACAGACCACCGCAAUGGCUACAUUUGCAGGGACAUUAAGGAGUUCAUGCGAGGGGGCGAGGCGCUCGAUGAUCUCAUCACCGGCGUACUGGAAGAGGCAGAAAGGGAGGCGCUUCUGGACCUGGUGGCCGACAGCAGAAGCAGUGCCUAUUCUCCUGCAGACUGACCCACACCGCAACUUGCCGUCGAGUUCGGGUUUGAUGGUUUUCAACAAUAUGGAAAAAGUGAGACUUGUGGUGUCUUCACACUGCGCGUCUUUAUUUUCACAUCGCAGGUUUUGCUUGUGGAAAUAUGUUUUUAUUAUUUGCAGUUUACUGUACACUGAUUAUGCCUGUGAUUAAAUUAUUUUCCCUAAAAUAAUGUGAUUAAAUUAUUAUCCCUAAAAUAAUAUAAUUAAGAACCUUUUCUCGGUAAGAAAUGGUUAAAAUGAAUAUUUGGGAAGCAUUUUUUGUGUAAAAGGUGUCUUGUUUAUUAUUAACUUUGUACAACCUGCCCCAAGUGGUCACAAGCUGCCAGCUGAUCUGUACAUCUUCAAAAGUAAGUCAAAUGAAACUGAUAAUUAGACUCAUUUACGAUUCACCAAACUGAAAAGAAAAAAAUUGUGGCUAGUCAUCAUUGUCUCUCUGUCGAAAGCUUCUGGAUUUUCCGUUCUGUGUUUUGCUUUUCUUGAAAGAAGUGCUUCCGCCUUCCAUUCCCAGUGAUGUGAUGAUGCGCUCCUUGAACUUGGGUUUCGGUUCCGGCGGCAACUCUGUCACUACAAUCUCCUCGUCUACUUUGGGCAAUUGUAAGUCCACAUUGGCGCUGGAGAGAGAAAAGGAGAACAGAGAUAAGGUACUGAUUCAUGUAAAAGUCAGACAGGUCCAGCUGGCGCAAUUCUGAAUGGCACACGUACUAUGGAUCCUUCUCCUCCUUGAUCCGUUCCCAAGCCCCGUAAGGGUUCUGCGAUUUUGGCCUCUUUGCUUUUGUCACCUCUUCCUCUUUUUUCACUAUGGGUUCACUUUGGAUCUCCUCUUGCUUCUCCUCCUUGACAUCCUCUUGAGGCAUAUUGUUGCUUGUUUGGUCAUCUUCUCCCUCUGCUUUCCUUUUCUGAAAUAGCCCAUCAGGAAAUUUGACGACAAAUUGAAUGUUCUUCAUCGCUAUAGUUCUUACCCUAAAGCUAUCUUCUGGGACGACGGAGAGCAAGCUCGGUUUUCCAGUCACUUCUUCGCUUUGCGACAACUGAGCCUCCUUACAGUUGUCGUCUCCAGCGAGUUCCUCCUGAAGUGUUUUGUCACUGCCAGAUGCCAAGCUGGAUUCGGGAGUUUCAUUGGGGUCUUUUGGCUUUUCCCAUCUGGACUCUUGAGAGUGUGGUGGUGGCUCGCACAAUACUAUGGGAGGUGCUUUGGGCUUUGGCAGGACUGCGGCUGAGGCACAAGGACCUGAAACAAGAAAACACUUUUUGAACAUGUUUUAUAUAGAGCUGAUAUUUUCAACAUAAUUCCACACACAGUUACCUGACUCCAUUUCCAGUCUUUUCAGGUCUUCCUCAUAUGCCUUCAGUGCGGCCUCCUCCAUUGCUGCAAACUGUUUCGACUUACGGUUUUCUUGCUUCGCUUGUUGGACACUCUUCUUUUUAAUCUACAAGCACAGAAAGUUAAUGUAGCCAAUAAGAUGUAAGACUUCUCAGUCUGGUCUUAUCUCUUCUGCCAGUGAUGAUGCUGAUGCCAAAAUAAAUUUUUCAUAGCUGCUGGUAUGCCAACAAAGUUUACACAAAUGUCACUUAUUGAUCCAGUAAUCGGUAAAAUACAAAAAACAAAUA